AUGUUAUUGUGGUUGUCGGCAGCUUUACUGCUUAUUUCUACGGUACACGGGCAAGUUGUGAAUGUGACUAUAUUCACUGAAUCGCAAUGUCCUUACUGCACUCGUCUAUUACGUGAACAAAUUUGGCCUUUCUACGUAACUCGUCCAGGGAUUAUGAACCUUCAGAUAAUUCCAUUCGGUAAGGGGACUUGUGACUACGACUAUAAUCGAAAUUUUCACUGUAAAUGUAUGCACGGGCCGACUGAAUGCGAUCUAAAUCGACUACAAAACUGCGCCAUUUCAUAUUUUCCUCUCCGACAUUUCGGUCUUGUCACAUGUGUUCAAGGUCUCGCGACAUUACGUGAAGCUUUUAGUCGUUGUUUAAGCCGACUUUCUGUCAGAUCUCAAAGAAGGCUAGUCGAAUGUGCAACAACACAGACAGGUGAACUGUUGAAUUACUAUUCGAUGGUGAACACACAUCGUACAGGAGUGAGGGUUUGGCCAACGGUGUACGUGAACGGUGUCUACUUCGAUCGAAGUUAUCCUAUGGCGACUAAAAUUUGCCAAGAGACAUACUGGUGUUGA